CCCUCCAACUCCUCCUCCUCAUCCUCCUCCUCCUCGUCUUCCUCUCCCUCCCGGCCCGGCCGCCCGGUGCCGGCGGAGGCGGGCGGAGCGGAGCGGGGCGGGCCGGGCCCGUUCGCAUCCCCAGCCCCAUCCCCAUCCCCGCCCCGCCGCGGGAGCGCCGGGCUGAGCAGCGCUGCCAGACACCGCCAGUACCGGAACCGCGGGGCUGAGCCACCCUCCAGGCACCGCCAAUCCCGGAACCACCGGGCUCAGCAGCUCUGCCCGGUACCGCCAGCUCCAGAGGCACCGGGCUGAGCGACCCUGCCCGGAACCACCGGGCUGAGCCAACCCUGCCCGGCACCGCGAGCUCCGGAACCGCCGGGCUGAGCAGCUCUGCCGGUACCGCCAGCCCCGGAACCGCCGCCGCCGCCGGUCCCGCCGAUGGCACCGCGCUGCCGCCGCCAAGCUGGGCAGGUGCCCUGAAGCUCUGGGCUGGCUUCUCCCAGGCACAGCAGGAUGAUGCCAGCAGUGCCAGAGCCACCCCUGCCCCUCUCCAUGCUGAUGUGACCGAGCUCUGCUGGCACCUGUGGCACUGAGGCUGGCACAGAGGCAGUGGCUGGUGGCCCCUGCAGUGUCCCUGCUGCCCAAAGAUGAGUGAUGGCACGUGGAUCUCGCUCAGCCCCGCUGAGUUUGCCCAGCUCCAGCAAUACACAGACUACUCCAGCAAGAAGCUGAAGGAUGUUCUGGAGGAGUUCCACGGGGACGGUGUCCUCUCGAGGUACAACCCCGAACAGCCCAUCGACUACGAGGGUUUCUGCCUCUUCAUGAAGACCUACCUGGAGGCUGACGUGCCCGAGGAGCUCUGCCAGCACCUCUUCACCUCCUUCAAGCGUAAGAUCUGCCCAGCCUCCCCCGAGAGCCAGCAGCAGAGCCCUGGAGUGCCCCAGCACAGCACCCUGGGGAUCAAUGGGAAAAGCCUCCGAAGCGCCCUGGGACGAAACACUCCAGAGCCCAAGGGCAGCACAGCUGAGCCCCAGCCAGCAUCCCUCACCCUGGCAUCCAUCCCCAAUGCCUCCCCCAGCUGGUCCAGAUCAUCCUCCCAGAAAUCCACCACUGGCACCACCUCUGCUCACAACUCCUCGGGCUCCUCCAAGAUCUCCUCCGUGUCUCUGCUCAACCCUCAGUCACCAGGCACGAAGAACGUGGAGAAGAGGUUGCCCUUCAGCCUGAGGAAAGGCUCCAGCUCCCUGAAGGCCACCCCUCCUCCUCCUCCCACCCCCGUGGCCCAGGUGGUGCACCUGAAGGACAUUGUCUGCUACCUGUCCCUGCUGGAGAGGGGACGAGCAGAGGACAAGCUGGAGUUUAUGUUUCGCCUCUACGACACCGAUGGAAACGGGCUCCUGGACAGCUCGGAGCUGGAUCGUAUCAUCAACCAGAUGGUGCACGUGGCUGAGUACCUGGAGUGGGACUCCACCGAGCUGAAGCCUAUCCUGAAGGCCAUGAUGGAGGAGAUAGACUACAACCACGAUGGCACUGUGACGCUGGAGGAGUGGAUCCGGGGUGGCAUGACCACCAUCCCCUUGCUGGUCCUGUUGGGCAUGGAGACAAACGUGAAGGAUGAUGGGCAGCACGCCUGGAGGCUGAAGCACUUCAAGAAACCUGCCUACUGCAACUUCUGCCGCACCAUGCUGCUGGGGGUGCGCAAGCAGGGCCUCUGCUGCUCCUUCUGCAAGUACACAGUCCAUGAGAGGUGUGUGUCCAAAGACAUUGCUUCCUGCAUCAGCACCUACGUUAAAUCCAAGAAAAACACAAGUGUGAUGCAGCACACCUGGAUCGAGGGCAACUCGCCUGCCAAGUGUGACAGAUGUCACAAGAGCAUCAAGUGCUACCAGGGCAUCACUGGCCUGCACUGUGUCUGGUGCCAGAUCACGCUCCACAACAAGUGUGCCUCCCAUGUGAAGCCAGAGUGUGAUGGGGGCCCACUGCGGGACCACAUCCUGCUGCCAUCCUACAUCUGCCCAGUCGUCCUGGACAGGCAGUCCCACUGCCGGCGCUCCGAGAGCGACUCCCCUGCCAGCACCAGCCCCGAGGACAGCCAGGCCUUCAAGUUCAACUCCACCACCGUGGAUGGCCAAGGGCUGCAGAUCAGCCCCCAGCCCGGGACGCACCCGCUGCUCGUGUUUGUGAACCCCAAGAGUGGAGGAAGGCAAGGGGAGCGGGUGCUCCGGAAGUUUCACUACCUGCUCAACCCACGCCAAGUGUACAACCUGGACCGUGGCGGGCCCACGCCAGGGCUGAAUUUCUUUCGGGACACCCCGGAUUUCCGUGUGCUGGCCUGUGGAGGGGAUGGCACCGUGGGUUGGAUCCUGGACUGCAUAGAUAAGGCGAACCUGGUGAAGCACCCGCCGGUGGCCGUGCUGCCCCUGGGCACGGGCAAUGACCUCGCUCGGUGCCUGCGCUGGGGAGGAGGCUAUGAAGGAGGCAACCUGAUGAAGGUGCUGAAGGACAUAGAGCACAGCACGGAGGUGAUGCUGGACCGCUGGCACAUCGACAUCAUUCCCACUGACAGGGAGGCCAACGGGGAUCCUGUCCCAUCCUCCAUCAUCAACAACUACUUCUCCAUUGGGGUGGACGCCUCCAUCGCCCACCGCUUCCACAUCAUGAGAGAAAAGCACCCCGAGAAAUUCAACAGCAGGAUGAAGAACAAGCUGUGGUACUUCGAAUUUGGGACCUCAGAGACCUUUGCAGCCACCUGCAAGAAGCUCCAUGACCAUGUUGAGGUUGAGUGUGAUGGAACCCUGCUGGACCUGAGCACCACAUCCCUGGAGGGCAUUGCUGUGCUCAACAUCCCCAGCAUGUACGGGGGCUCCAACCUCUGGGGAGAGACCAAGAAGCAGCGUGGCUACAACAGGCUGGGCAAGAAGGUGCCAGACAAGGUGCCAGGCACGGUGGUCACCGAUGCCAAGGAGCUGAAAUUCUGUGUGCAGGACCUCAGCGAUCAUCUCCUGGAGGUGGUGGGGCUGGAAGGCGCCAUGGAAAUGGGGCAGAUCUACACGGGGCUGAAGAGCGCGGGGAAGAGGCUGGCCCAGUGCUCCUCCGUCAUCAUCAGGACGUCCAAGCUGCUGCCCAUGCAGGUGGAUGGGGAGCCCUGGAUGCAGCCGUCCUGCACCGUGAAAAUUACCCACAAGAGCCAGGUGCCCAUGCUGCUGGGGCCCCCCCAGAAGAGCAGCUUCUUCUUCCUGAAGAGGAGGAACAGAACUCGGGAUUAAAGCCUCACCCAAGGAUCCACAGCCUGGAGCAUCCCAGCAUCCCACCUGGGGAUUGUUUAUCCUGGGAAGGUCUUGCAGGCUCCUUCCUGACCACCAGAAACAUCCUCUCCAGCUGGGAUGGAAGAAGGGGGAGAAGGCAGGCUGGAGCAGUGAGCACAUUUGCUGGAGCAGCACUAGGACUGGGAUUUUAUUUUUUUUCCCCUUUAUUUAAAUUCCCUCCAGCCAAGCUGCCAGUGAAUGUGCUCCUGAGGCAGCACUGAGCUCCAUUUAUUUAUUUAUCCUCCUCCUGAAGACCACUUGAUGUCUCAGUGCAGUGGCUUUGCCCCCCAGUCCUUGCAAUGGGAGGAAUUAUUUAUUUCUUUAGCCCAGAGGAGCCAGCUCAGGCCCUCACCUCUGUGCUGUGGGGUUUGAGAGAGAUGCAAGAACCAUUGCUGCCAGCCCAGUGGGACAGGCUGGGGACUGCCAGUGCACAGGGACAAGCCUGGGGUGGAUGGCAGGAGAUUUUGUUUUUACAGGGAAAUGGCAAAAAAAGGGAAUUUUGGGGGAAGCAGCCCCAGCUCUGGGCUUUGUGUUCAUAUUUAUGUAUUUAUUUAGCAAACUUUGGACAAGAAAGGGAUUCUGGGACUUUUCAGGAGCCGAGAUUGGACACAGACACCACCUCCCUUCUCUGCUGGACUUUUCCUCUCUCCUAAAUCCUGCCAGCCUGUCCUGGGGGCUGGAGACCCUGGGGACAGACAUCCAGAAACUGUUAUUCCUUAAAGGUGUCCCCAGCACCUUUUACACACCUCCCAGUGUGCUCUGCCAGGCUGGUGCUGCCCCUGGGCUGCAGAGAGUGCUUGCACCUCCCUUUCUCUAGGGCCAGCUCUCCCCACAGCCCUCUGCAGCCCCAAGAAGCCUCACAGAUGAUGGCAGCUGGGAUGCACAGGCAGGUGUUGGUGGCAUCACCCCUGGAUGGACAGACAGAGCAGGGGAUGCAGUUUCUCUCCAGGGACCAAGAAGCAGAUGGAUGCAAGGAGUUUGUGGUGGUUUGAAUGCACUCCCAGGGGCCAGGAGCUGCCAAGGCUGGCCAUGGCAAGGGGCCAGCAGUCACCCAGUGCCUCCAGCAGUGGGCCUGCAUGCAGGAUGCAGCCACAUCCUGAGUUAAACCUGCUCCCUUGGGCUGCUGGAGGCUCCUGUGCUGGUGGGAGCAGCAAAACUGCUGCUUGUCCCCACUGUGUCCCUGCCACAGGGCUGGGACAAGUCACAGUGCCCACCCAGUCCCUGCUGAUGCUGCAGGUCCCUGUUCAGCAGCAUUCCCUGGCAGAGGGUGCUGCCAGCUCUGCUCCAGAGGGGCUGGCAGGGAUCUGCUGGUGACUGCAGUGUCACUGCAGGGCAUCAAUCCACUGCUCUUCUUCUUCUUCUUCCCCUUCUUCUUCUUCCCCUUCUCCUUCUUCCCCUUCUCCUCCUCCUCCAUUGCCAAGGGCAGCAGUGCCUCACAUCCCCACACCUGGGGAGGGUGACAAAUCCACCUCAGCCACAUCCAGAGCUCUGCCAGCAGCAGGGUGACAAUCUGGGGGAUGGCAGCACACCAGGCCAGCAGGUUUGGUUCUGUUUCCCUGCCCUCAAGGCAGGGUUUUGUCCCAGAUGGGGAUCAGCAGUGCAUGGGCAGUGAGCUGUGGUUUCCCUGCCCCUUGUCCCCGUCACAGUUUGCUGGGCUCUGGGCAAAGAGCAGCCCUGGGGGCUCUGCUGGGCUGUGCUGGCAGAGCUGGGAGGGCACUGAGCCUGUCCCUGCUGCCUUGGGCUGGAAUCAGGGCUGAGCACUCAGCACGUCCUGCAGGGCACAGCGAGCCCAGGGCCACACUCUGGGCCAUGGGACAGUGACACACCAGCAGCAGCACUGCCAGGCUCCAGCCAGACACCCCUCUGGUGCCCAGGGAGGUGAUCCCUGCCCCAGGGGCUCCAUCUGCUCCCACACUGCCAAAGGCCUGGGCCAGCAGGCCUGCCUGCUCCCACCUGCUCCUCACCCUGAUGGUGCAAAGCUCCUGAGCCCAGGAGGGGCUGGGAUUGCAGCUCCCACCUUCUCAGCCUGAUGGUGCAAAGCUCCUGAGCCCAGCAGGGACCCAGGAGGGCUGGGAUUGCAGCUCCCACCUCCUUACCCUGAAGGUCCCAAGCCCAGCAGGACCCACAGGGGCUGGGACUGCAGCUCCACCUCCUUUACCUGAUGGUGCAAAGGUCCUGAGCUCAGGAGGAACCCACAGGGGCUGUAACUCCACUCCCACCUCCUUUCCCUGAUGGUCCUGAGCCCAGCAGGACCCCCAGGGGCUGGGCUCCAUGCCAGCUGUCCCUGGUGCAGGGAGGAUGAAGCCAUUGCAGCUGGGGGGCACCUGAAGCCUUUAUCCCCCCCAUUCCCCAGUGCCUCCCAGUCCAGCCCAGCUCCCAAGGGCACGGGGUGGCACCGAGCCCCCAAACGAGCCCCUGGGCACUGGGGAGCCCCAGCUGGAGCCCCAGGGGCUCAGCCAGUCCCUGUGUGUGUCCGUGUGUCCCGUGGUGGUGCAUGGAGUGGUGUCCGUCGCUUGUCCUGCCGUGUGCGCCUGGCUGCUGUGGCCUUGCCUCCAAUAAAGAUGGUCAUGAACUCCU